UGGUAUCCCUGGUUCAUAUAAAUAAGGAAGUUUGGUAAAGCAGCAGAGGCGCAAAAAACUGUGGGGUUUUCAGUCAUUCACCGUCCUUCCAAUUUUGACCCUUCUUUUCUCCUAACAAAUUAUCACAUUCAUCCACAUUUCAAUUCAACCAUAUAGUAAAAUACAAAAAAACACCCAAAAAAGAAUUAGAAAGAGAGGAAAAAGUAGUGAUUUCGCCGGCGUUAGCUCCGGCUAACGGUUCCGGCAGAGAAGAUAUUUUUGUUGGAUAAAUUCCGUUCAACAAAUUUCCAUUUUUUUCCAUCUGCCUGGAAACUCUUUCAAUCCCUAUUUCAUUUGUAGGGUUAAUUCAUAUCUAGAAUCUCCAACGAUGAUUCAAACCCUACGUUAUUACCUCUCUGAACACCCAUCCAUCGUGGGUUUUCGAUGGACACAUAGCCAAUCAUGGGGCAACACGUGGAUCUUCCUCAUCACCUCCAUAGCGGCUUACAUCAUCAUAUCUGUUUUCCUUCACCUUUUCCUUCUCCUCCUUUUUCGUCAUCGUCGUCCGUUACCACUUGGACCAAUCCCAGCCGUUCAUUCCCUUUCUAUGGCCCUCAUCUCAUUCACUAUCUUCGCGGGUAUCCUCCUCUCUGCAGCAGCAGAGAUCCGGGAUACCCGCUGGUUCUGGCGUCGUUAUAAAACGACGCCGUUCCAAUGGCUCCUUUGUUUCCCUUUGGGUACCCGACCUUCGGGUCGGGUAUUCUUCUGGUCCUACAUUUUCUACCUGUCCCGUUUUCUUCACACGUUUCGUACUUUUUUCACCGUAAUAAGACGUCGUAAAUUAUCCUUUUUCCAACUUUUCAACCACUCAAUCCUCAUUUUUAUGUCAUUUCUGUGGCUCGAAUUCUCACAAUCUUUUCAAGUUCUAGCAAUCAUUUUGACAACAUUUAUAUACUCCGUGGUAUACGGGUACAGGUUUUGGACUGCUGUUGGAUUACCAAGCAAGUGUUUUCACUUUGUCAAUCACUGUCAAAUUGUGUUACUAGGUUGUAACGUCGUGUGUCAUGUUGGGGUACUUUUGUUGCACUUUUUACGAGGUGGAUGUAAUGGAAUUGGUGCUUGGGUUCUAAAUUCAGUACUCAAUGGUGCAAUUCUAUUCUUGUUCCUUAAUUUCUAUGUCAAGUUGCAUUUAGAGAAGAGAAAAAUUGGUGCUGUAGAAGAAGUUGAAACAACUUUGGGCUCUGUCAAAGACAAGGAUAUUUGAGGUCUGGGUUUUCUUUUUCUUUUUUUUCUUUUUUUUUUUUCUCGAAUACGAAAUUUUAUAUAUAUAUAUAUACUAGCACUAGUAUAUAUUCUUCCAGACUUCUCAUGUAUCCCUUUGAGAUUUUGUAAAUCGAACUGUAAAAAUUUGUGUUAAGGGGUAAGAAUAAGGAUUUAUCCGUUUAUUGAGUAUAUUAUUAUAAAUAUAUAAGAGUACUAAUUAAUUGAUGUUA